UCGGAGCGCGGAGCGGCACCCGGGGCGGGAGGAGCAGCCACCGCCCCCCCCCGCGCCGCCCGACCCGCCCGCCCCGCCGCUUCCCCCCCUCCCCUUCCCCCCACAUCCCACCCCGGGCUGCUCAGAGCAUCCCUCCGCCCCUCUUGCAUUUGUGUUAAUUCUUCUCAGAGACAAGAUGGCAACGCCGGCGGCGGUAAACCCUCCCGAAAUGGCAUCAGAUAUUCCCGGCUCGGUGGCCUUGCCAGUGGCUCCAAUGGCAAGUGGACAAGUGAGGAUGGCAGGAUCCAUGCCUUCCAGAGGGGGAAAGCGUCGCUCUGGAAUGGACUUUGAUGAUGAAGAUGGGGAGGGGCCCAGCAAAUUUUCAAGGUAUGAUGGUGAUCAAAUCUCUGGUGAUAAGGAAAAGUUUGCAAGGGAGAAUCAUAGUGAAAUCGAGAGGCGCAGGAGGAAUAAGAUGACCCAGUACAUCACUGAGCUGUCUGACAUGGUACCCACCUGUAGCGCCUUGGCUCGCAAGCCUGACAAGCUGACAAUUCUUCGGAUGGCCGUUUCACACAUGAAAUCAAUGAGAGGCACUGGAAACAAAUCCACUGAUGGAGCUUACAAGCCUUCGUUUCUUACAGAACAGGAACUGAAACAUCUUAUCCUGGAGGCUGCAGAUGGGUUCCUGUUUGUAGUUGCAGCUGAGACGGGGAGAGUGAUCUACGUAUCAGAUUCUGUGACUCCCGUGCUGAACCAACCGCAGUCUGAGUGGUUUGGCAGCACUUUGUACGAGCAGGUUCACCCAGACGAUGUGGAAAAGCUGCGAGAACAACUGUGUACCUCUGAAAACUCCAUGACAGGACGAAUCCUGGACUUGAAGACUGGAACAGUAAAGAAAGAGGGUCAGCAGUCCUCGAUGAGAAUGUGCAUGGGAUCCAGGCGCUCUUUUAUUUGCAGGAUGAGGUGCGGAAAUGCUCCUCUGGAUCACUUACCUCUGAACAGAAUAACCACCAUGAGAAAAAGAUACAGGAAUGGCCUUGGCCCAGUGAAAGAAGGAGAAGCACAGUAUGCUGUUGUCCAUUGCACUGGCUAUAUCAAGGCGUGGCCACCAGCAGGAAUGACUAUACCAGAAGAAGAUGCUGAUGUGGGACAAGGUAGUAAAUAUUGCCUCGUGGCAAUAGGAAGGCUUCAGGUAACCAGCUCUCCAGUGUGCAUGGACAUGAAUGGUAUGUCAGUCCCCACGGAGUUCCUGUCUAGGCACAACUCUGACGGAGUCAUCACCUUUGUCGACCCGAGGUGCAUCAGCGUCAUUGGCUACCAGCCCCAGGAUCUUCUGGGGAAAGAUAUUCUAGAAUUCUGCCAUCCUGAAGAUCAAAGCCAUUUGCGAGAGAGUUUCCAACAGGUGGUGAAACUGAAAGGUCAAGUCCUGUCUGUGAUGUAUCGUUUUCGCACCAAAAACCGGGAGUGGAUGCUGAUCAGAACCAGCAGCUUCACAUUUCAGAAUCCUUAUUCGGAUGAGAUUGAGUACAUCAUCUGCACCAACACUAACGUGAAACAACUUCAGCAACAGCAAGCAGAACUCGAAGUGCAUCAAAGAGAUGGGCUGUCAUCCUAUGAUUUAUCUCAGGUGCCUGUUCCAAGUAUAUCAGCUAAUGUUCAUGAGGGUGGAAAGUCUGUGGAAAAGCCUGAUGCUAUCUUCUCCCAAGAGAGAGAUCCUAGAUUUGCUGAGAUGUUUGCUGGAAUAACUACUUCAGAUAAAAAAAUGAUGGCCUCGGCAUCCACAGCAGGAAACCAGCAGCUUUACUCACAGGGAAGCCCAUUUCAGCCAGGACACUCGGGAAAGACUUUCAGUUCAUCUGUGGUACACGUGCCUGGUGUGAACGACAUCCAGUCUUCCUCAUCAACAGGCCAGAACCUGACACAGAUAUCUCGCCAGCUAAACCAGAGUCAGGUGGCCUGGACAGGAAAUCGGCCACCAUUCCCGGGACAGCAAAUUCCAUCUCAGUCUGGCAAGGCUCAGUCAUCUCCCUUUGGGAUUGGAACAAGUCACACCUACCCAGCUGAUCCGUCAUCAUACAGCCCCCUUUCCAGCCCAGCCACCUCUUCUCCAAGUGGGAAUGCCUACUCCAGCUUGGCAAACCGAAGUGCAGGGUUUGCUGAAGGUGGCCAGAGCAGCAGCCAGUUCCAGGGGAGACCCUCCGAAGUCUGGUCGCAGUGGCAGAGCCAACACCACAACCAGCAGAGCGGUGACCAGCACUCGCACCCGCAGCCCAGUCAGACCGAGGUGUUCCAGGACAUGCUGCCGAUGCCGGGGGAUCCGACGCAGGGCACUGGCAAUUACAACAUUGAAGAUUUUGCUGACCUGGGCAUGUUUCCACCAUUCUCUGAGUAGCUUGCAAAGCAGAAAUGGAAGUUCUUCUCCAAGGCCAUUUCAGUGUAAUUUUGGCGCUGCUUUUUCUGUGUUGCAUUUCUGUAGAAGCUACUAAACCAGAAGACACGUUUCUCAUGUUUCAGAUAGUGAUGUAGGGCUUGCUCUCUCCUCCUUGGGGUGCAUCAGUGCCGGCAGAGGAGCUCCAGCACUUGUUAGUGUUCACUGACAGCUCCAUUUUUUUUAUUAUUUUAUUUUAUUGUCAUCUACCUCAGAGAUGAAAAACUUUGCUUGAUUUAAAAAAAAAAAAAAAUCUCUGAGUCUUAAAUAUUUGAAUGUGAAUGACACCUAAUAUUUCCUUUGAAUGGUAAUUUUUAAAUAGAUAACAAAGUAACAAAGACUAACAGAGAAAAGGUAAGGUCAUGUCUUGUUACAGUGCCUACCGCUUGAUUUCGAUGCCUUGCUUUAAGCUUAAGUUUCUGAAAGCAGACGCAAUAUUCUGUUUUCUUUGAUUCUUGUAGUUUUUAGGUCACUUUAAAUGUUGAGAUUAAGCAACAUAAUGUAGGCCUCUCUCACCAGAAGAUUCAGCUCUGCCUUUUCUAACUUAAACUUGAAUGUGUGUACAUUUUGGUACUUUAUGUAUAUCUUGUGCUGUAUGAAGUGAUUUCCUGUACUGGUUUCUUUUGCCUUUGCAAAGGGUCCAUUCUGGAGUGUACUGAAAAGUUUGAUGAUGUAUGUGACGGAUUUGAAUAUCGUGAGAAUCUCCAUCACUUCACAUAGGUGUUCUUACUUUUAAUUCAGGUGGUUCUCUGAAUGUUCAGAACAAACAUUUACUUACAUAAGCUAUUAGUCUGGUUUUGCACUGAAUUGAGGCCUAUAACCUUGUACAUUUCUCACUGGCUGCUUUAAUUUCUACUGUUCUUGCUUUCUCAAAAAAAUUGCCUCGUAAAAAAUGACUGUAAACACAUCGAGAUUGCGUUUUCUAUAUUAGCUGCAUUUCCUUUCUGUGAAGUACUUUUUUAUACUGUGAAACCUCACAUUUUAACAGUGCAGGGUGGUGGCCUGUUACUAGGAAAUCAUUCAAGCUCAUUUGCUGCAAGCAGUGAGAUGGUUUUGUAGUGUAUAAUUUUUUUAGAGUGAGUUGGUAGUAGAUAUCGAUUGGACUGUUGUCCACUGCGUACACAGUGAUAACUUGAAUUUCUGCUUGGAUUCCCAAGCAAUUGCUUCUGUUAAACCCUUUUAACCCUAUUCUGUUAAAUAUGGGAUUUUCAGCUUACCAAGUAUGUUGAGGACUCUUGACUACUCCGAAUGCCAUAUGCUUUUCUGCAGAGGUAAGUUAAUCAUCUUCCUCUUCGGUGAGUCACCUACCAUAUGUCUUCAUCAGAGAUGUGGUAGGAAGUGUUUUAUUAAAUAUUUCAUACGCAUGAUGAGUUACAGAGGUUGGAUUGUAAGGUCAGAAUUUUUAUCCAGAUCAUUUCUUCUCGAAUGGGUGGAGAAAGAAUCGCUCACGAGGACAAGAAACCCUGAGAUCCCACGUGCAGGUUGUUCACGACCUUUGAGGUGGGACAGUGGUAGCCAGCCUUUGCAGAGGAGGAAGGGAACAGCUUCCCUCAGCUUUUCCAUAUUCAAGGGCCACCAGGGACCUUGAAACAGCAACCCCAGGGCACAAUCCCAUCCAGAAGACCUCAGUGUCUGCAGUAACUCUUAGAUCUCACCGCACUAAGCUCUUCCUUCUUGUAGCUCCUCUUGAAUUCUGGGGUGCCUCUGACAGAGGGCAUGGUGCACAUCACCACAGUCCCUCCUGUCGGGAUUCUGUCCUGGGAAGCAGGCAGGCCCUGCCCCACAGCCCACUCUGGCCAUGCAUGGCCCAGGGACACAGCUGUCACAGUUGGCCAUGUGGUGAUGUGCCCAUCUGACACUGCUUUCCCAGCCUUCUCCGAGAUCAGCGUGUAGGUUUCAGUAUCCAGUAAGAGUCCUUCCUGGUACUUCUCUCGCUAAAUCUGGGACCAAUCUCUUACCCUGUGAGCAAGUGGGGUUAGGGACUCUCUUUGUAGAAAUUUUUGUAUAUCUCUAGAUGCAGUACUUGAGAGGCCUCAGAUCUCCUGGUCUGUACCUGCCUCACCAAAUCACACUGAGAACAAACAAAAAACCUCAUAUCUCUUCUCUCCCAGAGAUCAGGAAAACACCUUCUUAGGUGAGCAAGCCAUGCUCUUACCCACUACUCUUUUAAGCACACGAAUGUUUAUUCUCUCGGAGCCAUCUCCCUUUCCCUCAUGCUGCUGGGAUCCAUGAGUGCUCAUGGAAUUGGACAGGCAAAGCUCUGCUGCCCCAGAGUGAAAUUCAGUGAUGUCUGUAAGAGGUGCUUGGAUGCUGCGCUGGCUGAGCGAGGCACUCAGUGUCUGUACAGGGACUUGAAAGGGACUGAUCACGAGGGAGGGGGAAGUAGGUUAUCAGUUUGUGUCUCUGCAGAGAAGAUGCUUGACAUGAUAAAUGUAAUUUCUUCUAAAAUUUCUUAAAAACAUUCCUCCGUAAAGUGAAAAA